UUUAUAUUUUUUUAUAUUUUGUAUUUCAACAAAGCGCUGUAGGGAGUGGGCACUGGGUGUGUGUUUUGGAACACAAGGAAAGCUGUCUGUUCAUAUGCCAUCAAUGACGUCAUCCACAACAACAGACAUCGGGAAUGGAGGGAAAACUGAAUGAGGAGAACAUGGAGGAAGUGAUGCUGCUGGAGGAAAACAUUCGCCGUCUCCAGGCAGAAGUGGCGGAACUGCAGGGCCAGUGUCAAAAACACCAGAAGGAACUCACCUUGCAUUCUAGCCAAUCAAUGAAACGCGCACUAUCGCUGGUGUGUGGACACACGCUACAGGAAGAUACCCAUGUGGUUCUGUCCAGUCUGAGGGAGGAGGUGGAGCAGCUGGAGGAUGAUCUUGAGCGUCAGAGCAACAUUAACGGCAUCAGUUUGAGGAGCUUCACUGCAUGCACUCUGGAAAGCAGCGACACCAAGUCAGUGCAGCAGAUGUGUGUGUCUGGUCAGUGCUCAGACUUGAAAUUCCAGGUGGAGUUCGAGCUCUCAGAGGUCAAGGGGGAUGAGCGGCCUGAAAAGUCAAUCACCAGCUUCAAUGUUGUUAUGGGUGCCGGCGACCUGCAAAACUUCAGCAGCUUCCUCUCUGGAGUGGAGGAGAGCAAGGACAUCCUGCUGUUCUUUAGGACCCUGCGAACUUUCUCGGACAGGAUGGACGAGCGACGCCGCGCCUUCCAGCACUUUCAGACCAAAUACGGGCAUGUGGUUUGUGCUCCUGGCGACAAUUCAUCAUUGCUGACUUUUCAUCAUCCUGAUCUUCCUGGCUGUAUAUUUUUGGUGCACUGGUCUGUGGAUGUGUCCAAGGAAGGCGAGGUCACCCCAAAAGUGGACCUGCUCACCAAGAUCCCAGAUCGAGCUUUGCAGCUGUUCCAGUCUCAGGCUGUAGUUGGCACCGCCGAGGCAUUCCACAGCCUGCUGAGGCUGCUCGGGCCUGAAGCUGCCUUGGAGGAGGUCAUCCGAGCGGCGGGACUCAUAACUGAUUAAAUGCGUGAUGAUGGAAAUGUCAUCAAUACAUUCCAGCUUCCAGAAAAAAAGCAAGCACAAAUGGUUGUAUUGUGUUUUAGUAAUUAUUAUUCAGUAAAGUUGCACUCUGUAAUAUUGUACUUUGUAUAAACAUACAGGAAUGACAAUGAAAUAGAAUGUCAAGAAUUAAA